AUGGUUCAGACAAGCGCGCGAUCAUUCAUGCCAAUGCCCUCGUUCGGCGCUGUAUUUGGAGGAGAUCACCAUAACAAGGGUCAAAAUGGCGGGAACGUAGUACGCCCUGCUACGAGCCCCAACACCAACACGGGCGCACCAUUCUCCUCCUUCCACAUUCACAGCGACAGUCGCGACAGUACAUCGACAGGCUCCUCCGACAACUCUCCGACCACAACCAUCUCGACCAUGGACUCGUCGUCUGUAACAGAUCCCUCGCCGGGCGUGUCACCUGAAUCACCUCUCGCAAAAACAAUUGCGUCUUCAUCCUUCGUCGCCGACUUCAGGUCGAGGAGGACAGAAGCAGCUGUUGGAGAUCCGUCCGCCAGCACUUUCUUCGAGCUACAGCGUCCGACAACACCCGCGAAGAAGCCCCGGAAUCUCAAGAACCUCGGAAUCAACACAGCGUCUUCACUAAGCAACUUGCGUGCACAGGCACCAGCUCCUAUAGCAGUAGCACCCAAGGAGAGGAAUAGCUCGGCACCACCAUCACCGUUGUUUAUCAAACCGCCAACACCGCCGAGGCGUCGACCAUCGAACUUGAGUCUAACGAUCUCGACCCCUGGCAGCAACGAGAGUAAGCCUGUACGGCUGCUAAUACCCUCGACACCGUCCUUUAACCGCCCGCCCCUUCGCCACUUCCAGUCAUCGCCAUCUUUACCACUAUGUUCACCGAGUACGAAUCCAAUGGGUGGCAUGCAGCUGCCUCCACUACGUCCUGUUGCACCAAAGCCAAGUGGUCUUAGCGAGGUACCCUUUGAGAUGGAAGAGGAGGAAGACCAAGAACCGAACUUUGACGUCCCACAAUCGCGAGAGGAGAAGCCGGCAGCGUACCCCAACGGACCAAUUUGUAUAUACGAGUCUGGCGUAUAUCUUUACUUUGAGCCCACCGCUGUCCAAGCCACAACUUUCGACGUCAUCAUCAACGUCGCGAGCGAAGUAAAGAACCCGUUCACCACUCCGACGGUGGAGUCACAAAAGGACAUCGAUGCCAGGCGCAUAGAUGGACCACCAGCAGAGAACGUUGAUUUUGCUACCCUUGCACAGCGGCCAAAGCAGUCGUUUGGCAUGGAAGACAACUCACCAACCACACCCAAGGCCACGGCACCAGUCAUGCAGACCAUACAACCACGUGAAGUUGUGAUCGACGGCAGAACAUACAAGACUCCAGAGUAUAUUCACAUGCCUUGGGAGCACAAUACAGAUAUUGUCCCUGACCUUCACAAGCUAGUCAAGAUGAUAGAUGAGAGGGUACAACGGGGAAAGCGGGUACUUAUCCAUUGCCAAUGUGGUGUCAGUCGCUCUGCCAGUUUGAUCGUUGCGUAUGGCCUAUACAAAGAUCCGCAGAUGAGCGUGCAAGAAGCAUACGACAAGGCGAAGAAGCGAAGCAAGUGGAUUGGGCCGAACAUGAACCUCAUUAUGCAACUGCAAGAGUUCCGUAACAGCCUGUUAAGACAGAAUGAAAGCCGCUCAUAUCACAACCAAGGAUAUGGACGGCGAUCUGCCGGUCUUCCUACAGCUCGCUCCACCGGGAACAACAAGUACUCCUCCUACGACAGGGACUCUGAUUCGGGUUCGCGCACUCCGCGAACGGCACCACUUCCACCAGACAGUGAUAUUAGCAUGCAGCGGGCCAGCACAGGCAACAUGAUGGCUAUAUCUCCAGGUCCCCUAUCGGCGCCCACUGGGGCUUUCUCACCUGGGUUCCGUCGGUCCUGGGACUCUAGUCCAGCGCAUUUCGAGCUCCCAUCGCAGCCUGCUCCAACGACGACACCCUAUGUCGAUCCAAAGGGUCACGUUGUGCCUGUGGUCUCUGUAACUAACGACAACCUGCCGACUAUCCAGACCGAAGAUGUCUCUGACAACGAAGAGUUUUCAGAACCUACUUUCAAGCUUUCCUCUGUUCCCAACUUUUCACGUCAACUUCCGUUGCGGUUAAGCCAGGACAACGAUGAGAGCACAUCAUUCGGAACAGAGAGGCAUCUAGCGCCUUUGCGACCAUCAGGGUUCGAGUUCGAGCCACUUAGGUCCCCUGCUGUGGCGAGCUUCAACAUACCCUCUUUCACUCCUUACGAGACAUCCGACCCCGAGGUCAUGUCGCCGAUCAAAACCUCCUUCGACAACCCAUGGCCGACAGGCUAUGAUCUGGAUAGCCAGACUCAAGCGCCUGCACGUGAAGAACUCGACAGGGACAACAACGAGCGAUCUUUCGCUCCUUUGUCGCCCUGCGCUACCUCCUUCGAGCUGGGGCAAUCUGCACCACUACAGGCUUCACACAGCGAUGACCGUGUUGGUGCGCCUGAGAUCACUUCCCCAAUUGCUACCCUGUUCCCCAAGGACAUUUUUGGUAGCACGGAUGCAAGCUUGGAAGAUCAACUGAAAUCACCACGUGCCACUGAAUUCCACAUGACUCCAUUAAAGCCGAGGAUAGCAGACGAGGAUCCAUUUGGCUUGACAUCACCAACAAGAGCAGAUUUCAAUCCGUUUGACAGACCCAGCAUAGCGGCUAUCAAGGAUUCUGAGGUUGAGGAUCGACGCCCAUCCUUCCAGGCCAUCCUUCCGCCUGCACAUCAGACUUUCAACGGCUUUGCAUCACUCGACGGUACAGCGCAAACGAAUCCAAUCUUCCAGUCCACUAGUCUGCUGUCCAUGCCCACGCCAAAACUUAGCCAAGCAGCCGGACCACGCAUCGACAGUCUUAGCAAUUCUCCCGAAAAACAAGCCUCGGCCUCUAUCGACUCGGCUACACCUGUUCCUGUAGCAUCCCCCAAGGCACCGGAUACUCCCCGAUCUCCUAGCGAAACCUUCCUCUCAACUCCCGCAAAGGCCAUUCGGACUAGGUUUUCAUCACCUAACAUGCACGAACAACGGAAGUUGCACAAGCUGCAGACAGAGAUCCAGUCAAAGCUACCGAAACCAUUUGUUCCUCAACAUGCUGCGGACGACAUCGACGCAAUUAUGUCACCGCGUGCAGAAGAGUUUACAAGAAAUCCAUUCCACUAUGACAUCCAAUCCUCUGGCGAUGACGCGAGUCCGGUGUCUUCCAACGAGACGAUCAAGGACGGACGCAACGGCCAUGUCGCGUGGGAGGAACCACUACCCCGGCAAUGGACACCAGAGAAGGCCGCUGUUGAUCCUCGGAGUCCUGUCCAAACUGGCAGCAACCCCAUCGUUCGUAACAUUUGGGACGUACUGUGA